UAAAAAUUAAUUACGAUACAGCCCUUCCGACUAUUACGGCUUAUUAGAACGUUACCGAUGUCGCUUCUCCCUCUGACGACGAGCGGAGGAAUUACAAAAAAAAUGGCGACUGUACGAAAUUUUCACGUGUUUUCUCGAAAGAGUUAAUACUACUCAAGAAAUAUUAUGAUGAUAACUGUAAAUAUAUUACAAAAGUGUUUGAUUUCAAGAAGUACUUUACAAAGAUUUGCUCCAGGAAUUGUGAUCCUGUCAACACGGAAUUUUUGGGAAAGAGAUAUUAGACAAGGACGUCGUUCACGACAAGAUAAAAGUAGGCUCUAUUAUUUGAAAGAAGGGUUGAAAGUAUUAAAAGAAGAAAUUAAAGUAUGGAAAGAUGAAGUAAUUGAAAAAUUUUAUGAUGAUCCUCAACAUUAUAUUCCUGGUGAAACUAAAAUUGUUUGGACUUUUGAUACUCAGGAAAAUCUAGACAAAUGGAUUCCAACGUGUGAUAAAGAUAAUGAAGAAGGAUUCAGUGAAUGCAGUUUCACACUUACUAAAAAUAGACGUGGCUUGUUUUCAGGUGUCUUAAGCAAUAAAGUGCCUAAAGAUGGUAGAGUUAAUCGAUCAGGAUAUUGUAAUAUUCGUUCCAUUAGAGCUACAAAAUCAUUUAAACGAGACACUCAUCUUGAUUGGGAAGUAUUUACACAUCUUGUUCUAAGAGUUCGAGGUGAUGGACGCUCUUAUUUAUUAAACAUUUCAACUGCAGGAUAUUUCGAUGUUACAUGGUAUGAUAUUUACCACUAUGUUUUAUUUACAAGGGGAGGACCUUACUGGCAAACAGUGAAAAUUCCUUUUUCAAAAUUUAUACUUGCAAGUAAAGGGAGAAUACAAGAUAAACAAGUUAGAAUACCAUUAAAUCGUAUUGCAUCAUUAGGAAUUACAUGUGCAGGUGACAUAACUGGAUCAUUUCAUCUAGAAAUUGAUUACAUUGGAUUAUAUUGGGAUAAGCAUUAUAAAGAGGAAUUUGCUUAUGAAAUGUAUCAAGUUCCACCUUAUGUUAUUGGCAGUUAAUAUUCAUUCUAACUAUUGUUGUUUGAUUAAUUAAUUAUAUGUACAGUAGAAAAUAAAUAAACAAACUAAACGUCAA